UCCACCAAGACAGUGUCCUUGUAGAAUGCUAUCAGGUUGGCUGACCACGAUUUCAUGUAUUUGGAAAUGGUUUCCAGGUUUAGUUGCUCCAUCACUUUCCCAGGAACUGAGGUGAGGCUGAUCAGCCUGUAGUUCCCCAAUGCUCCUUUCCCUUUUUGAAGAUAGAAGUGAUGAUUGUUUUCUUCGACUUCUCAAGAAUCUCUCCCUUCGGCCAGCUCGGUCAGCACUCAUGCACGGAUGCAUCCUGUGAGGCUCAAUGCGUUUACAUACCUCCAGUUUGUUAAAGUGCUCAUUAACGUCGUCCUUCUCUGCUAAGGUCAUUUCCUCCAGUUCCCAUCAGCCUCCGGUAUAAAGUGAUCAAACAGUAAAAUCCAGAGAUUACGAUUACUCAUCUCUUCACAGUCUGUUGUAACAUUCCAACCAUGAGACUCAUCUUUCAAGCAUGUUCAAUGAUCUUCACACUGGGCAACCUGGUGGCUUCUCAGUCACAAUCUCCUGGUUGGAAAGAUGCCAUCAGCACCACAAUAAUCAAUUUCAAUAAUGAGAAGAUGCAGAUCACAUGGGCAGCAAGAGAACUAUUUCCCAGCAAGAAUGUGUCAUUUUCUUAUACAUUUGCUGAAGGCAAGAACAAAGUUUGGAAGCCAUGUCCCACCUAUUUAUUGGAUCAAGAUUAUAAUUCUGGAUGUCUUUUUAAGACAGAAGGACCCACCCUUGCCAUCUCUAUCAGGAACAGUAAUGGAAGUGAAGAGCUUUUUUCUAAAACACUAAAAUCUGAUUUUUAUAUAAAGCCCAAUCGACCAGAAAACGUGACCUUCUUCUGGAAAGAGGACACCGUUACUGUAAGCUGUAACAAACCAGAGAGAGCUGUGAAGUGUUUAACUCUUGAGCUUCAAUACAAAAGCAAGUUUGACAAAGACUGGCAAUCCAGAACUUCUAAGUGUUGCAGUGUUGGAGAGCAAGGCUUUGAUCCAAGGAAAUGCUAUUCUUUCCGGGUCAGACUGAAGAGGCUAGUACCCUACUGCAACGUAGUUAAUUACAGCAGUGACUGGGCAGCAGAAACAUUUUGGAUGAAUGGCACAUUAUUAGAUUCAUGCGAUGACGAUAUAAAAUCUCACUCGAAGACAGUAACAGUUUUAAGUUGUUUGCUGGCAGUACUUCUAGUGAUGCUUAUUCUUUUGAUUCUUCUGUGUAAAUGGCAGAGGCUUCGGAAGUCAGUCAUGCCUGCUAUACCGGAUCCAAAAUACGUAUUUGCUGAUCUCUUCAAUGAUCAUAAUGGAAACUUUCAGGAAUGGAUAGACAAAACUGAUCAUGCAAUGGUACAAACCAAGCUAGAAUAUGAAGAGCCAGAGUGCAUCAUAGAGGCAGAAAGCCAGCAAGAAGAUGAGAAGAAUUGUGACAAACAGGAGCCUCAAGAAAAAAUCUUUAGUUUCUCAAGAGCAGCUGAAAAUAAUGACCCCAAAGCAGCUCAGAUUGCCUGCCUGAUGCCAACAUCCAACACUAUAGCUUCCUUUGCUGGCUUCCAGAUCUUAAUGAACGAUGACAUGUAUGUGAUGUUAUAAAAUCUGUAUAAUUACAUAAAAGAUCCUGAUUAUUUUAGGGGAGCGGCUGAAUAGAAAAGUUUGUCAUGAGUAGACUCACAUCAAGACAGACACUAGGCUGGGUUAUCCGGUUUCUGAUCUGUUCUUUCCCAGCACUUAAGACCACUUGGGCAGGCUCAGUGUUUGAAAUAACCGCCUGAUAAUAAACAGAGUUCAGAUUUGUUGUUCUAAUUCGGGUUUGUCUCUAAGACUAAACUGAGUCCCAUUUUCCUGUUAUGGACAGGAGAGAACAAGAGCUCCUCCAUAAUACAUGUUCGCAGAGCCCAGGUUCAGUCCUCGCGCUUAGGGAGUAUGUAGAGCAGUGAAAACCACACUGUUAUUCCUCCCAAAAUGAAGAGAGAAGAUAAAGGAAUUUUUCUGCUAGUGGUCUUUUUCUCACAAAGACCAGGCCAUAUACUGCUCAUUUUCACAGUGAUAGGAUACUGCUUUGCAAGCCCUCCUUAGAGUAGAAAACUUGCUUUUGUAAGUUGCUUCUCCCAGUGUAAAACUUCGUGCUGCAUGGCAUACAACAAAGGUUUUAUAAAGAGAAAGAAUAAGCCCCAGGUCUAAGAACAGAAGAGUGAGGAUGUACAGUAAUGAGUCACAUUUUAUCCUGUGAGUAGUGCUGUGUAGGCAGCUUCCUCCAGAAGAGCAGGGCUUCAUGGGCCUCCUCUGAGGUCAGGUCCUCGGUAUCUCAUAGUCUUUUUAUGACUAAGCAUCUUCUUCUAGAAAGCUGAGGUCUAUUUUGAACACUAUUUAUAUUUAACUGAGUUGCAUUUAUUUCAAAUUGUUUUUUAAUGCAAUCAGCAGUUGAGCCAAAUUAGGACUUCUUAUUCAUAUUGCAUAGACCAGCCUCUUGCUGUACAAGGAAAAAUCCAGAAAUUUUCUGGCUAAUAACUGGGAAACUAACUGCAAGGAUAGUUCAGGCACAUUCUCCAAGUUUUUCUUGACAUUACCUCAGAUUUGAUUAUUCAUUAAUAAGAUUAACAUGCUAACAAAGGACUUCCCAUAAUCUUAAAGACAUUUCUGCCUCUUCCUAUCUAAAACAGGUGUGUGCAAAGUUUUUGGGGCCUUUUGUACACCCCAUAUUUCUGGAAAUGCAAAGUAUGCAACAGCACCGUAAGAAUGCAGUAGAUUUUAAACUAAUGCAAGCUGUAUAUAAUUUGAUGAGCAGAAUCCAGCUCUGCUAUUCUCAGCUGAUAAAAAUGUAAUUAUUACAUGAGAACCAAAGAAGUUACAGUGGCUCACAACAGAUAAGAAGCUGUUCCAGCAAUGAUUCAAACAAUAAAAUGGGAGGAAAGCCCAGAAUGUAUUGCUUUGUUAUUUCAUGUUUGAACCAUGCAUUCAUAUGGUUGCCUACAGAGCUAGCUAGAUACCUUAAUUAAACCACCUUCUAUUGAGCAAACAAUUUGCUGCCUGAAUUCAAAAUCUUUUAGUAUAUUUUCUGAAGUUUUACUGUGGGAAAAAAAAAAAAAAGUUGCUGCUGUUUAAGCAGUGUUCCUGAACUGAAAUGUUAUAGUAAUUUAAGUUUUUAGUGCAAGCUAUAGUAUCUUGUAUUAUAUUUUAUAGACAUAAAGGUUCUUUUUGUGUAUGUAUACAACCAUAUUCACAUUGUAUAUAACAAAAUAGAAAUAAAACAAAUAAAACACCCGCAUAUCU